AUGAUCAAGUGGCUUUCUGAGCGGAAUAUUGCUCAUUCAAGCGCAAUGUUCAAACCAGAUUUGUACUCUAUUAUUAAAAGUUACAAGCCUAGUUUUAAAGUUUACAAAAUCGAUGAACUUUUUACAAACAAUGGGCAUGCAGUCUUGCGUCUGCCGCCGUAUCAUCCGGAUCUGAAUCCCAUAGAGUUGAUAUGGAGCUUGCUCAAAGAAAGAGUUGCUAAGAAAAACGUUAAUUUUAAUAUGGAUUCAGUUGAACAGCUCGUUAAGGACACAUGUGAAUCCAUCACAAAAGAUGAUUGGAAAAGGAGAUGUGAACACACUAAAAAAAUUGAAGAAGCCUACAUGGAAUUAGAACCCCAUAUCGAUGAAGUGACGAAAGAAAUAAUUGUAAGAUUAGGCGAGGACUCCGACAGGGACGAGUGGGAUGACGUUGGUGACAGUGAUGGAGAUGUGCAGCCCACCGUUGAAUCAAGUGAUACAGACAGCGGAAGUGAUGAUGUCGAUUUGGCAGGAAUAGUUCCGUUCGACCGCUACUAA